UAUUAGUUGCCUAGAAAAAUCAUGAUCGCGGAUCUAGGGAAUAACAUUUUUAAUCUGGCAACGUCGCAAUAAAUUAAAAACUAACCUCAUUUUUUUAAUUUUUAUUUGUUCAUUUAAUUUAUUGGAGUUGCUGCAUUGUAUAUUUGAAAAUUAAAACUAUACGUUAUUGACUAUGGGUAGAGUUUCCAGAGAUAAACGUGAUAUAUAUUACCGGAAAGCCAAAGAACAGGGCUGGAGGGCGAGAAGUGCUUUUAAACUUCUCCAAAUAGAUGAAAAAUACAACAUAUUCGAAGGUGUUAUCAGAGCUGUGGAUUUAUGUGCGGCUCCCGGUAGCUGGAGCCAAGUACUGUCCAGAAAAUUAUUCUUAGGCGAAACCAUAGUCAUCAGAGAUAAAUGUUGUUUGUUUUACAAUGAAAUCGAGUUACAACAAAAAUUGGAGAGGUUGGAGGAGUAUGAAAGCCACAAAAACGAGGAUGUCAAGAUCGUCGCAGUUGAUUUACAACCGAUGUCGCCUAUUCCUGGUGUAAUUCAGAUCCAAGAGGCAGACUUGGAGGCAGAUGAUGAAUCAGAAUCUAAUGAAGCUACUCUGCUACUAGGGCCUGGUAUAGGGGAUUCAAAUCUAGUACUGGGACCAGCUCAAGAGAUAAUAAGCCAUUUCAAGGGACAUAAAGCCGAUUUGGUUGUAUGUGAUGGAGCUCCAGACGUAACUGGCUUGCACAGCAUGGAUAUUUACAUCCAAGCUCAACUCUUACUCGGCGCUUUACACAUCAGUUGCAACGUUUUAAAACCGGGUGGUAUUUAUGUUGCCAAAAUCUUCAGAGGCAAGGACAACGAUUUAUUGAUGAAUCAGUUGUUGUCUUUGUUUAAAGAGGUGGAUAUCGCGAAGCCUAGCAGCUCUAGGAAUUCUAGUAUAGAAGCGUUCGUAGUCUGUAGGUAUUAUUCACCUCCUAAAGGGUUUGAUCCUAGACUAAUAACUCCUUACUUAGAUGUAUCUCAUAGGGAUUUUAAUUCUUUACAAGGGGUGAAUCGUUUUAUCAUACCGUUCGUAGUAUGUGGUGAUGUAAGUGCUUUUGAUUCAGACACUACAUAUCCCUUGCAGUUGAGAGGUGAGCAACCCUAUCAGUAUAGAGCUCCAGUGCAGCCACCUAUCGCUCCUCCCUAUUCCUUCCAUAGUAAUCUAAAGAAAGACAAUUUGGAUCAUUAUUUGAAAAAAAUUGAUGAUGCUGUCAAACGGGCUGGUUUAGGAUCAACAACUGUGACCAAAAAACAAUUACCUGCCGCUAAAGUUCCAAGACGCGAAACCAAAGAGGAAAUUGAAGCUGAAGAGGCGCAACCACAGUCUAGUAAGAACAUUUUGGAUAACGGUCCGUAUUUUGACUUGUUACAAAAGACAACGAAGAUAAAAAAGCAUUCGAAUAAGAAGGUGGAGGCUGAGGUGGAGCAGGCAGAGAGUUCCGGGUUGCAGUUUUUGUACGAGGAUGAAUAUACGGAUCCGGAGUUGAUUAGGGAGUGUUUGGAGAGGAUGAAGUUAUCUGCCACUGCUCCGACUUGUACUUGUAAUUAUUUCGAUUAA